UGGCUUGAUAUAGAAGAUAUAGUGGAAGCACUAGAAGAAAAAUUUCCUGAUGAGGAUAUAAUGAGCAUUAGAUUUACUGAGCUGAAAAAAAAGGUUUUAAGUUUGGAAGAUUUUGAUGAUGAUGAAAAGCGCUGCAAUGAAAAAAUACUUGAGGCUAUACAAGCAGCUUGGUUUGAAGAAAGACUGUAA